AUAUUGAAUACGAGCAAUAUUAUAAUUUCAUUUUACGUUUAUUAGGCAUACUUACUGCUAUUAUAAUAAUUCAAUACUCUUGUAAACAAUUUUCGCUGUUCAAAACAUGUCGAAAUCUAAAAUUUUUCCAAUAAAUCUUUUACUCGUAAUUUUCGUAAUCGUUGUUCAAACUUGCCAUGUACCUGUUAAUGUAAAGUGUGGUGAUGGAGGUGGUAGGGGUUGUGGUUAUAAUGGUGGUGGUGGUUGCGGUUGCGGUGGUUGUUGCUGCUGUUGUGGAGGCUGUGGCGGCGGUGGAUGUGGAUGCGGCUGCGGUGGAUGCGGUGGAUGCGGUGGAUGCGGUGGAUGCGGAGGCUGUGGUGGAUGCGGUGGCUGUGGUGGUUGUGGUGGCUGCGGAGGACAUACGUUAUGUGGUAGCAUUAAAGGAUGUAUUUGUUAA